AGCUAACUUCUAUGCUGCAUGCGUAUACCUCUCGCAGAGCAGUGCAAAUCUCAUGAUUUUGAUGAACAUUAGCCUGUUAGCGGUCGGGUUCUUUUUAUUCUGGCUUCAGCGUCUCCUCUACGGACCCCUUCGACCCAUCGAAACGGAACAGCUCUACGAGAAAGCAUGGUUCGCCGUAACAGAGACAUGCUUGGCAAUGACGAUUUUCAGAGGAGAGUUAGGCGGUUGGUUCCUAGUCAUGUUCGUCUCAUUGCUGGUUGGAAAGGUCUGGGGCUGGAUCGGCGAGGGUCGGGUCGAGUUUCUUGAGCAACAACCCCCAGCGAAUCCGCGAUUGUUCCACAUCCGACUUGCAGCCUCGCUGCUCCUUUCAGUUCUCUUCAACUCGCUCAUGCUGAGAUACUGCGUCCUUACCGUUCUCGAACAGGCACGGCCCGAUAUGAUGGUCAUGUUCGGCUUCGAAUUCGCCGUUCUUACCAUCCUCUCCAGCUCGACUGCCGCCCGCUACGUCAUUUCAUUGGUCGAGAUCUACAUUACCCAUGUCCAGAUGAAGGCUAAAAUCGAGGAGCGCCGUCGCGAAAUUAGAGAUGCCAGGGAGGAGUCGCUGCGCCAGUACGCCGAGGCGGGGGAGACUGGGGAUGCUCCCAACCUGCCGGAUGAAAACGAUAUUGACGAGAUGGAAUUGGAUGUGCCUGGGUGGGAAGAAAAGGGCCGCUGGAUCUUCUACCUCGACCUGCUUACCGACUUCCUCAAGCUCACCGUAUAUCUCACCUUUUUUGCCAUCCUAUUUACAUUCUACGGUCUUCCAUUACAUAUUCUGCGCGACGUCGUCGUUACUAUUCGGUCUUUCGGACGGCGCAUCAUGGAUUUUGUGCGCUACCGCAACGCUACUCGCGACAUGAACGAACGCUAUCCCGAUGCCACCGCCGAGGAAGUUGCCCGUGAGGAGGUUUGUAUCAUUUGUCGCGAAGAAAUGACCCAUUGGCACCAGCCGGCGGGCGCGCAACAGCGCAACCGGGUCUCUGAGCGGUUGCGCCCAAAGAAACUGCCUUGUGGUCACAUUCUACACUUUGCCUGUCUUCGGAGCUGGCUUGAGAGACAACAGAACUGCCCCACCUGUCGACGGCCAGUUAUUGCGCCACCUCGGGCCCGGGGGGCUGGCGACGGUGGUAACCAGAACAAUGCUGGUGCACAAAACAUGGCAGCUGGCAACCAAGCUAGAGAUGGACAAGCAGACGGACUACCCAGAGCGCGUGUUUACCAAUUUGGGCCUUUCAGAGUUGGUUUCGGCGCGGGCAGGGGUGACCUCUUCCACAAUCUUCACCAGCAGAUCCAUCAAGGCAAUGCGCCCGUGCCACAGGCCAACAACGUCAAUGCCCCGAAUGCCAGGCAGAUUGGCUUCGGGUUCGGAUUCGGACGGCCUCUUCCAGUGCCAGCCCCGCACGCUGCCCCCAACCCUGCCUCGAACGUGGCCAACAUGCAAGCCGAAUUGCAGCAGAUGGAGCAACAGAUUGUCCAGGAGAUCGAAACGCUGCGUGUCACUGCCGACCAGCUUCAUCUGGUGCGGUUACUGCAGACGGAACUCCAGCGGCUUCGCAAUCUCCAGGCUAAUCCCACUACCCCACAAAAUAUCGCGUUCCAGAACUCUCCGGCCGUUUCGUCCUCGACUUCUUCUGUUACUAUGCGCCGUCAGUUCAUCUCGGACCCACAGAUGCCCGCCAUGAAUGCCGGAGAUAGCCGACUUCCCGAGGGACUGAGCCUCCCUGCAGGAUGGUCUCUCAUCCCCCUUCACUCCCCAGAGCAGGGUACCAGUCAACCAACAGAACAACGUCCCACCCCUACUGUUCCUGAAACUGAAACGACUCAAACGUCUGACCCUACAUCAGACUCUCAGGUCCCUCUCCCGACAGCAACUGUUCCAGCUGCCAGUCAAGACAGUGAGCCUGCGGCAGCCACUGAGCCCUCCACGUCCCAGGAUCUGCCUAACUGGCAAUCGGGAGCAACAUCGACGGCUACUGGAUCGGGCGUGGAACCACUCUCCCAACAAUGGACUGAUUUAGCGCCCGAGACCCAGAUGGACGGCGAGAGCACUACCGCCGACGGCAUUGACGGCGCGAGUCACGCCGAGGAAUCGGACUCGGGCUCGAAGGGGAAAGCACGGGUAGCAACGGUGGAAGAUGUAGUUGAUGAUGAAACGUGAUGAUGGGUUUCCUUGACUCUUUCUCCUCUCUGCGAUCUUUUUCCUUUUUUCUCUUUCUCUUUCCAUUUCCAUACCUGGUGUUUCUAUCUUGGUUCGAUGUAUUAUCAUCUCAUUUGGUGUUGUCCCCAUCUUAUUGGGAAGUUGUCCAUUUUACCGGCGUUUUGAAGCGGCUCCCACUCAUACCCCAUUGCCUGUAUGUUGAAUUCCAUGGAACUGUGGCUCAUGCGUGGUCAUUUUCAUCUACUACACCAGUGCCGGUUCAUUCUACUUUUGCUGCCCUCUCAACCCUUGUCCAGCGAAAUAGGAGGGUCUCUAAUAACCAGGUGUAUUUCUGUACAUAUUAGAAGCAUGAUCGUGACAAUUCCUUGGCGUGAA